GUGACGACCGCGGUGAUGACGAGGACGCGCGCGCCGCCACCUGCGGGGAGAUCGGCCAGCUGCAGAAGCUGGUCGGCAAGAUCUUGCUGGGGCAUCCGUUCAAGCAGGCGCCCGUGGACAUUAAAGCGUUGGCCCGCAGGGCGGGGGGGAUUGCGAACGCGGCCAAGGUGCUCGCGGAUCAUCCUGACAAGAUCGAGUUCGCCGAGGUGCCCCUGCGCGGGGAGAACUCAAAGUCCCUGCUAAACGGUAAGACGAGUGGCAAAAAGACUGAG